AUGAAUUCUGUAUUAUUAGUUGCAGUGUAUUUUCUUUUGGAUUUAAAAUUCUCAGAAGGAAAUUUAGAUGAUUUGUUAAUACCAUGUUGUAAUGAAGGUUUAGAUUGGUCACUAGGUGACAAUAGAUGUAGCAGCCAUCAUGGUUACGUGGCCAAUAUAUCUCGUGAAGAUCUACCUACGUGUCACUCAGUGAUAGAAUUAUGCUGUAUUAAAGAUGUUUUUGUUAAACAGUGUGAGAAAGGAAAGGAGAAUGCCCUGGAUGGUCAGAUGUGUGCUAUAAGAGAUUCCGAAGAAGGGGCUGAAAAAUACAAGGAAUGUUGUAUUUGUUGUGAAUUAGGAUUAAUAGCUAAAUCACAAGGUUUGUCCUGUCAAACACCAGACUACGGUUCACCAUGUGAUAAUAUGUUCCAUGAAUGCUGUACUGGACAAAAAUAUUAUGAUGUCUUCAAUUCUACAGCUGAUGAUAGAAAUGAGUGUGCAUUGUUUCCUGGUCAGAUCUGUUCUCAUACCUGUGUUAAUACUGUUGGUAGUUUUAGAUGUGAAUGUCGUGAUGGUUACUCAUUAAAUGUAGAUGGAAGAACAUGUCAACAAUCAGAUGGUGAAUAUGGUGAUACAGAUUAUAAUUGUUAUUAUUGUUAUUUAGGUGAAUAUGGGGAUACAGAUUAUAAUUGUUAUUAUUGUUAUUUAGGUGAAUAUGGUGAUACAGAUUAUAAUUGUUAUUAUUGUUAUUUAGGUGAAUAUGGUGAAUAUGGUGAUACAGAUUAUAAUUGUUAUUAUUGUUAUUUAGGUGAAUAUGGUGAUAUAGAUUAUAAUUGUUAUUAUUGUUAUUUAGGUGAAUAUGUUGAUACAGAUUAUAAUUGUUAUUAUUGUUAUUUAGGUGAAUAUGGUGAUAAAGCUUAUAAUUGUUAUUUAGGUGAAGAUGGUGAUACAGAUUAUAAUUGUUAUUAUUGUUAUUUAGGUGAAUAUGGUGAUACAGAUUAUAAUUGUUAUUAUUGUUAUUUAGGUGAAUAUGGUGAUACAGAUUAUAAUUGUUAUUUAUGUGAAUAUAGUGAUACAGAUUAUAAUUGUUAUUAUUGUUAUUUAGGUGAAUAUGUUGAUAUAGAUUAUAAUUGUUAUUAUUGUUAUUUAGGUGAAUAUGGUGAUACAGAUUAUAAUUGUUAUUAUUGUUGUUUAGGUGAAUAUGUUGAUGCAGAUUAUAAUUGUUAUUAUUGUUAUUUAGGUGAAUAUGGUGAUAUAGAUUAUAAUUGUUAUUAUUGUCAUUUAGGUGAAUAUGGUGAUAUAGAUUAUAAUUGUUAUUAUUGUUGUUUAGGUGAAUAUGUUGAUGCAGAUUAUAACUGUGAAGACAAUAAUCCCUGUGAACAUCGAUGUUUUGCUCUAGACGAUGAAAAUGUACAAUGUAGUUGUUAUGAAGGUUUUACUAUUAAUAACGAUGGCAGAACUUGUACAGAUAUAGAUGAAUGUGCUGAUGGAACAUAUCAAUGUGCUCCAACACAGGAAUGUGUUAACACACCUGGGCGUUAUACCUGUCAUACAGCACAGUGUGAACCAGGCCUUGUCUUUAAUCCUAUCACUAGAAUCUGUGAAGAUAGUUUUGAGUGUGAACGUGGCUUUGGUUUUAACAGUGUUACAAGGCAAUGUGAAGAUAUUAAUGAAUGUACCAUAUAUGAUGAUUUAUGUACUGGGCAGUAUGAAAUAUGCCACAAUUUGAACGCCUCCUAUAUUUGUGAAUGUGAGGAAGGUUUUGAACGAGAUAGAAUCACCAGGCAGUGUCAGGAUCUAAAUGAAUGUGGAUUAGGUAUUGAUACAUGUCUAGUAGGUGAAAGAUGUGAUAACACUAUCGGCUCGUAUUCAUGUCGUAGAUUCCGCCAUUGUGGUACAGGUUAUACUCUAGAUGAACAGUCACAGAGAUGUAAAGAUGAUGAUGAAUGUAUAUUAGGAACACAUAAUUGUGGUCGUGGUUAUCAAUGUGUUAAUGUACAAGGAUCAUUUCGAUGUGAAGUCAAGAGAUGUGAAGAAGGCACCAGGUUUAACCCUGUUAAUGGGGAAUGUGAAAGAGUCAACUGUAAAAGAGGGUUAAGACCUGACAGAAUUGGAAACUGUAUAGAUAUUAAUGAAUGUAUAGAAUACAGUACUAUAUGUAAUCAAUAUCAACAAUGUGUCAAUACAAUAGGAUCCUAUCAAUGUAGAUCACUAGUUAAUUGUCCUAAUGGAUUUGAAACUAAUGAAAAUGGUAGAUGUGUAGAUAUUGAUGAAUGUGCUAGUGGUAAGCACAGAUGUGCUGGAGAACAACAAUGUGUUAACAGACAGGGAAGUUAUUUCUGUCAAUGUCCUCGUGGUUAUAGAUUUAUUAACAAUAUUUGUGAAGAUGUAGAUGAGUGUGCCUACAGUGCUGCUAUUUGUCCAUUGCAAUCUAAAUGUCAGAACACACCAGGAAGUUAUGUUUGUACUUGUAAAGAUGGUCUAGAAUCAGAUGGUAGAGGGGGAUGUAGUGAUAUUGAUGAAUGUACAACUAGAAAUAUUUGUCAUCAUAAAUGUAUCAAUAAUUUUGGUAGUUAUUUCUGCACCUGUAACCGUGGUUACCAACUAUCAGUAGAUCAGAGGACAUGUGAAGAUAUUGAUGAAUGUAAUCAGUUUGGUGGUAGAGGUCGUGUUUGUGGUGGUAGGUGUAGUAACACUCCUGGUUCCUUUACCUGUGAUUGUCCAGAUGGAUGGAAGAAAUCCAGAGAUUCCAGAUCAUGUGAAGAUAUUGAUGAAUGUAGUGAUGGUACAGCCUUCUGUCCAUCUAGAGAUAGUACAUGUGUUAACACAAGAGGAGGCUAUAAAUGUCCUGUUGUACAGUGUCCAGAAGGUUUUGUUAAAACUGUACCAGGAGGUCAACAAAAUGCUGUUCGUUGUAAACAAGCUGGUUCAUUUAAUCCUAACGCUAAUGAAUUGAUAUCUAUGUCUUACAACUUUUUAACAUUCCCAACCAAUAUCAUCAUUCCUACACCACUGUUUUCAAUGACUGGAGCUAAAGAUAGUCAACGUAGAUACAGUUGGGAACUGAAAAUACUUCAAGCUCGACCACUGUUAGCUGGUGUACCACGAGCCUCUAAAUUAAACUUUGAAUUAUCUCAGACAAACAAUCAAGCUGUAGUAACUCUUGUUAAAAGAAUUCAGGGACCUCAAGAUGUGAUUCUUCAAUUGUUGAUGAAAAUCCAAUCUGAGAAAUUCAACGGAAUCGCAGAAUCUAAAAUAUAUCUAGAGUUGAUAGCAGACGAAGGGGGUGUAGUUUGUGGUAGAAUAAGCUGUGAUCCACUAGAUUUACGUUGUGUUUCAAAUAAAACAAAAACAAUAUCAUGGCAAUACCUGGCUCUGCCAUCAAUGGAUUUUGUCAAAAUUCCCGUAACACUUUUAAAUAUUAAAACAAUAGGAUAUUCAAUUUAUCCAAAUCUAGAUCUGCGUAUUGUUGCCGGCAAUAGAGAUAGAUUUUUUGAUACAGUUGUUGAAGGUGAUAAAGCUGCCUUAAGAUUGCUGAGACCAUUACCAGGCCCGAGAGAACGUCAAGUUACUUUACAGUUAGAAAACCGUGAUUUUUCUCGGCGAAAUGUGAUAUCCCGGCAUGUAACUCAUGUAAAAAUGUUUGUUUCUGAAUAUAAUGCCAAUCACAUGUUUUAGAAAUAACUAUUCGCAUGCAAUGCCAAACGUGUGUUUUAAAGAAACUAUUCAAAUACAAUUCGACUUCGUCAAUAAUUUUGACGUAACUGUUUUCUGUUAUCCGAAUAUAAUUUAACAUUUCAACCAUGUGUUUUUGACUAAACUAUCCAAAUACAACUUAAAAUAGCAACCACGUGUUUUUGACUAAACUAUCCAAAUGCAACUUAAAAUAGCAACCACGUGUUUUUGACAAAACUAUUCAAAUACAAUGUUAACAUUUCAACCAUGUAUUUUUGACGAAACUAUCCGAUGACAAUGUCAAUAUGUCAACCACGUGUUUUAGACGAGCUAUCUACCUGGUGGUUACCAUAUUUUAGAAGAGGAAAAUUUGGAUCGGAUAGAUGAAUACUAAACUUAAUCGUGCUUGGAACAUGCUUUUGGUCGUGUUGGUUGUGAACACAAGUUAUCAGAACUAAAUGUUGUGAUCUUUAAUGAGUUUUAAGUAUGGUGGUAUGACCAAAAUCUAGUGAUUUGUGCCCAUAUCUUAUCUAAAAGUGUUAAUUAAAACUUAACGACAAAAAUACAUAUGUAUUUAAAAGAUUUACGUUAACCUUUAAAAGUGUUAUGUUUUUGGGUUGGUAUUCGAAAUCAUUUUGCAAAAUAAAGGUCAAAUGGUAG